GUGGGUUCGCCAGGAGUCCCUGCGGCCGCCGCCGCCGGAUGGCCCCUGCCCCUUCCCGGGCCGAGCGUGCAGCGGCGCAGGGGCAGCGGUGACAACGGACGAUCCAGCCACUGGCCAUGGCCUUGGCUUGACACAGGCGGCCGGGCGGGUGCGAACUGCAGGGCCGGACAACGCCCGCGGCAGCCUCGGCCCACAGCGAGACCCGCCCCGGGGCGGCAGUGACUGGAGCGGAGCCCACAGGCCGGGGCCAACUCGCCCGCGCCAGCAGGAAGCGGGGUCCCUGGGCCCCUUUGUGUGCAAAGGCGGGGGAGGGGUUGCAGGGCUGCCCGGAGCUUGCAGGCUCUCGGGACGGCCGCCGGCUUGCAGCAGCCCCCCACCCCGACUUUCCCGGUGAGCAAGGGGGGAGCGCUGGCCACUGGGCAGCUCCCCCACUCGCGCUGAGCGGCUCCGGGGGCUCGCCCGCCUCCCCACGCCCCCAAGCCGGGCUGCCAUUCCUAUAGGAAGGGCAUUGCCGGCCCUUCCCCACCCACCCCGACACUUGGCGCUGUCCCCUCCCCCUCCUUUAACUUCCUCUUCUUCCCCCGUUGGGCCGCCGGCUGCGCCGCGAUCGCCUCCCCACUCGCAGAUUUCCGCCCACCUUCCGCCUUGCACAGCCCGCCGUGCAAGCGGGUGCUGCUCGUGGCUGGGUUUUUUUUUUCUUCUUCCCCCCUUGGGCUAGGAGUUGGUGAAAGUAAGCCUCAUGAGGGAAUACAAGGUAGUGGUGUUAGGGAGCGGAGGGGUUGGCAAAUCGGCCCUGACCGUGCAGUUUGUCACCGGGACUUUCAUUGAGAAAUAUGACCCCACCAUUGAAGAUUUCUACCGCAAAGAGAUCGAAGUGGACUCGUCGCCCUCGGUGCUGGAGAUCCUGGACACCGCCGGCACCGAGCAGUUCGCGUCCAUGCGAGACCUGUACAUCAAAAACGGCCAGGGUUUCAUCCUGGUGUACAGUCUGGUGAAUCAACAGUCUUUCCAGGAUAUCAAGCCAAUGAGAGAUCAGAUUGUCAGAGUGAAGAGAUACGAAAAAGUCCCACUAAUCCUAGUGGGAAAUAAAGUGGAUCUGGAACCAGAACGAGAGGUUAUGUCUGCCGAGGGCAGAGCCCUGGCUCAAGAGUGGGGCUGUCCUUUCAUGGAGACAUCGGCAAAAAGUAAAUCAAUGGUAGAUGAACUUUUUGCUGAGAUCGUCAGACAAAUGAACUAUUCGUCCCUGCCCGAGAAGCAAGAUCAGUGUUGUACAACUUGCGUUGUCCAGUAAAAAAAAAAUGAUAACCUCAAUCAUGGCCAUACCGAGCAGAUAAAAACUCAGAGGAAAUUUGCACAGAUGCUGCUUUGGAGAACUUUACAACCUGGGUUGCAGAACUGAGCCUUGGUAAACCUGUCUCUAUUACAGCAUGUUGCCAUACAUCUAAUUAAGUGCAUAGGUCUUUGGCCUUCAAGAUCCAUCGACCUUAAACAGUAAUGCUUAGCACGUUUACCAUAUGUUUAAAAUCUGUUCUUUAUCAAUCAGUCCUUUUGUAGCUUUCUAAGUUCUUAAUGAUGGCUAAUAUGCAAGAAUUAAUUUUAAUAUGUUAAUUGAUUUCUUUAAUCAGUUUCUCAACUUGUAUUUAUUAAAUACUCAAACUCAGUAUUACCUACUCAAUGCCUUUUAAAAGAAAGUUAUAAUGGAGAAAAAUUGAGCCUUAAACAAAUGGUUACUUCUGUAUAUUACCUCGCACCAGUGCUUCAUUCUAUUUGUAAAAUCUUUCUCCUCUAAAUGGUUGGUUAAUACUUUGAGACUUUGUUUACGUGUGGCAGGCAGUGUUGUAAAAAGAAACUAAAGAUCACUUGUUACCUGUGUGGAUGGAAUAUCCCUUUUCUUCUCUUGCAGUUUGUGAUGUGUUUUUGCAAUUAACAUGUUCUGAAAGUUACCAUUGAUAUUUGAAAUUGACUGUAGAGCAUUUAGCUGAAGAGUUAAGCAUUUGAUUCCAUUAGGUUUUCACAUGUGUUAAUCUCAUUUACAGCAUAGAAUUGCAGCAGUAACAUUUUCCUUUCUGUGAAGUUCUAAAUUUAGUUAUGACCUACUUAGCAAUGCCUUUGAAAAGGGAUAUUGUAUCCAUGGUAAAUUAAUUGUAUACCUAAACAGAAAUUGCUCAGCUUUGCCCAUCAGGCUUGUAAUUGACAUCUAGAAGAUUUCUGCACAUGUAAAAUUGAAUUCUAAUAAAAUCAUAUACACGUUCGAGUUCUUAAUAUUUGUCUAUCAGAAUAGUUUAAAGCAAUAUUUGUUAAAGUUUUCUUGCACUAUCACAAUUGCUUUUUAGUUCUUUCUCAAGAAGCAUGUUCGUAGUAGAGACAAAAUCUGUGUAACCGGAGGGAGGAGAGCGCCAAGUGUCUGGGCUUUUAAUUUUUAUUGUUUUGCAAAUGUGCUUCUAAUAGCCAUUGCCUUCCAUGUUUACCUAAUCAGCACAUUUUGUCUGAAUACUUGAACAUUUUUAACAGUAAUGCAGGUAUAGAAACAGAAAGGACACUUAUAAAGUGUAAUCUUUUGGUUCAAUUUUAACACCAUGACAAACUAGCGCUUUUUCUAGCAAUGAUUUCAACAUUUUGUAAGUUUGACAGUAUUUUAUUGUUGGGUUUUUGUUUGGUUUAAGUUGUGUGCUUUCAUUUGCAGGAGUUAGUAACUGCAGCUCACCUACUGCACCAAAGUUCUCGAUUUUAGGAGCCCAGCUUUAGUCAUUUGAACAUGCUUCUAAAUAAAACAAAACAGAAACCAAAACUCUACUUUUGAUCUAUAAUAGCUCAAUAACUUUGUCAAGGAAAGCUCUAAUAUAUGCAGUGAUGUUUAUGGAAGGGUGUGGCAAUUUUAAAUUUCUAUGGUGUGUGAUGUUCAAAUAAAGUGAUACCUACAUUCAUGUGAUUUAUUGGUCAGCAUGACCAUGAAUUAUUGCGUAGACAUUGAUUAAACUUUGAUUUCCUUUUUUAAAAUCGUGUUGCAUUUGAUUCCUGACCAAAUUCCCUCAAAGUGAACCCUUGAUCUUAGAUUUUGAAUUUUAUGAAGUGAUGUAAGAGUGGAGAUAAGUGAACCAUAGUUCCUUAUUUUUAAAUAGCUUGAAAUAAUUUAAGCUCUCACUUUAAAACCAAACUUAAUGCACACAAAAUAGGUUAAGUGAUUGUGGUUCAACUUUAUUAGCUCUGUGAAAUUCUAAAGGAAUCAAAUAGAUGAUUUACAUUUUCUGCAGGUUUUUAUAGUGUUUUUUCCCUGAUGGAUGGUUCUUACUCAUUCUUUAUGCCCUUGACACCUUUCUCCCUAUCCCAACUCCUCCCCCACCUAUCCCAGCACACAUGAGUGUCUUGGACCUCAGCAACAAAUUUAACUUGAAUUCACUUAGGAUCACAGGAAUCAGGGGAAAGUGAUUUAAAGGUGGUUUCUCCAGCACAUUUUAAGAAAAGGGACCAAAAUUUAUUUUAGCUUCCUCAAUAGAUUGCAUGUCAAGUUGCUUAUUAGGAUAAUAAAUUAAUAAUAAAUGCAAUAUAUGUCUCAUCUUUACUAUGGCAUCUGUUUAGGAGUUGUUCAAAUCACUGCAGUAGGGCUCUGCAAAUAAACCUAUUAUCAUGGAUCUAAUGUACUGUAACUUUAUCAGUGAAAGGUAAAAAUCUCAACAAGUACAAACACUGAACAGUGACCUAUAAAGAUUUGUAAAAUUGAAAUUUUUCCAAUAGAUUUCAUUCUUGUCAUUUUGUAAAACGACCCUGCAGUCCACCUGUUUGUAACUUUUUUAAUAAAAUAAAAUAGACAUCUGUAUUACUGAG